UGUGCGUGCGCUCCACGAUCCGAUAAUCUGUGGUGGCAGCAGCAGUAGCAGCAGCAGCCCGACGACGACGGGGCAGAAAAAAACGCGAAUUUGAGGGAAAUCGUCAGACAGCCACCGUGCGCUGUACAGCCACCAUUAGUACGCUCCUUCGCCAGUGUGUGAUGAACCAUUUCGGACACGGACCGUGUCCCCACAGAGUCCCUCCAAGUAGCGAAUGUCGGGGUACGGGGUAUGAGUCAUUGCUUUAGACUGGCGAAUGCAUUUAUUUGCAAUAAAACCGUGCAGCCGCGUGAACUAAAAGUGCAAUCAGCAGAAGCAGAAGAAGAAAAGUAAAAAACGCUAACGCCACAGAACCUCUCCCGAUGCAGUGCAGAUGGUGGUGGUGUGGUGCGAUGGUGCCGAGAUGGUGACGGUGGUUGGUGUGACGGCGUGAGAGCAAUGAGUCAGUGAAAUCGUCCAUCGUUUCGUGCGGUCGGGUCGAAAAUCUUCCAAUCCGGAAGUGUUCACCGUUCGAAGCAUUGUGUGUUUGUGUGUGUGUGUGUGAUUGCAUGUCGACAACGUAUCGUGCACCUAUCAGCAGCACCCCCGGUUCUCUGUCGCCACAGCCACUACAGCCAGCCCGUGCCCUGGCCAAACCGACGAAACAUCCAAGAUGUACGGCUAAGGGAAGGCGGGUGAGUCGUGCGUGUUGUGUGCUGUGCGUAUGUGUGUGUGCAGUGUUUAGUGCGAGUGCACCAUUGUUCACGCGUAGUACGGGCUGCGUGCCGCGCUAGUGUGCGCGCGUGUAUGUGCCCGAGAGUGUAUGUAUGUGUGUGCGUGUUUUGUUUUCGUGAACGAAGUGCAUUUCGGUGACAACAAAUCCACUCCCGUGUGAGCUGCAAAACAAAAACACAGUGGCACAGCAAACGGUGCCAGCCCAGAGCGGUGUAACCUUAGCAAUAAUACAGCAAAACGACCACACGACACAGCAGCCGCCGCUGCCUGGUGGUGUGAAAGCCGUCGUCGUCGUCGUCACGGCGCGGAAUCCGUCGUCGUCUCGGGCACACAGGCACGACUUCGAUUGAUAAGCGACCUCCACAGAUACCCCCCUCGUGCUCCGCAGCGUAAUGGAUUCGUUACGAAAAUGGUUGAACAAGCCAAAGGCUGACGACAAAUCGCUGCUGGCACGAUUUUACCACGCCGAUCGUGCACUGACAGCGAUUGCCAGCGAGCUGGACAGUUUCGAUGGACGGGCAGAGCCCGUGCGCUGCACACGACUAGUGAGCCGACUGCGCCAGGGUCAGGACCGCGUCCUCGCAAUCACCAACCAAAUCAUGGACGAGCUGCUCGGCGACGAUCGGGCCCAGCGUGCCUUUCGCGUAAAGUUCCCGGAGGAGGUGCUGCAGGAAAGCCUGGCCGGGCAGCUGUGGUUCGGGGCGGAGUGUCUGGCAGCCGGCUCGUCGAUACUGAACCGCGAGGCCGAGUCGGCAAAGAUGCGCCCGCUCGCGAAAGCGGUCACCAAGAGUCUGGAGAUCGUGCGGAACCGGCUACGGGAGCAGUGCCUUCGCAACAACACGCCGAACAGCCCGACCCUGCGGCUGGACAUUAACGAUGCGGCCACCGAGCAGCUGUACGAAAGCUUGAAGAUAUUCGACCGGCUGUUUGCCGAGUUCGAGCUGGUGUACGUGAGCGCGAUGGUGCAGGUGAAGACGAAGCAGGAGUACGAAAUGCAGGAGCUGAUCUGCGUGCUGUUCUCCGAGACGCUGCAGCGGGCGCUCAAGACCGGGCUGCUCGAGCAGGAGCAGGUGGAUUCGUACGAUCCGGCGCUGAUGUUUUCGAUACCGCGGCUGGCCAUCAUCGCGGGGCUGGUGAUUUUUCGCGAAGGCCCGCUCAACAUGGACCAGCCGGCGGACAACAUCUCGGAGAUGUUUCGCCCGUUCCGGAAGCUGCUGAUAAAGAUGCGCGACCUGCUGCACGCGCUGACGAAGCAGGAGCUGUACCAGCUGGAGAAGCUGCUCUGCACGAACGAGGAGAUUAGUGCGAGCGAACAAUUGAUCUGUGAUGAAAAGGGUAGAAGCGGCGGUGAUGGUGGCAGUGGUAGUGGCGGUACGGCCGCUGCUGGUGUGAAAGAGUUUGACGCACUGGAGCCGGUCGGUGAAAGCCAAGAGCAUGUGGUCAUCGUAACAACGGUCACGACGACGAACGCGCCAAAUGUCGUCGGUGACGGGCCGGGUGCGACUGGGUGUACCGAUGCUACCAGCGGGGCUGAUGGACGUUUGCACAUAGUUAGUCAAGGGUAUGGCGUGAGCACGGGUGCAACCGGUAGCAGCGGGUUCGGCAGUGGCAGAGGAGGCUGCAGUAGCAGCAGCACUAGCAGGCCGAAACAACGUCACAACCAGGCGCAUUUGCGGCAGAGAGGGGCGCCGCGACAUUCCAGCCAAUCGUUCGGACCGGAGGCUAGCUACGCCGCGGACGACCGAGUGCCCGUGGUGGAGGAGGACAAUAACAAUCACCUGCGGAAAGAGAUCGAAGAGGAGGACGUAGAUGAUGACGUGGAGGAGGAGGAGGAGGAUGAGGAGGAGGACGAAGUUGACGAGGACGCGAUGCUGAAGAACGGGCUCGUGACGACAGACUGUGCUUCGGGCUACCUGAUACCGAACACCAACUUUGGCAACUUGCUGCAGACGAACGAGGCACCGCUGACGGACAGUUUCAUUGCGACGGACGACGAACUGCGGCUGCUCGGGGCCGAAACGGCGUCUUCCCCCCCGGCGAUGACGCAGGCCAACAUUGAUAGCAUUCUGGCAGCGAGUGCUGCGGGUCCCGGUGGCCAGCAGCAGCAGCAGCAUCAGCAACAGCAGUUGAUCGAUUCCGACUCCGGCCACGGUACGGCUAAUCACAGCACGGACAUGUCGCCGGAACUGGAGACCGAGCGGACAGUAGUGGCGGCUGGGCAGCCGAACACAAACGGUGCGCCACAGGACGGAAGCGCCAGCAAGCAGCAGCCCGUGCGCGAUCGAUCGAGAAGCGGCAGCAGCACCGUGCACAAGCAUGCCGAAAUCAGUGAAUCGUCCAGUGACUACGAGGAAGCGGACGUGGACGACGAACCCGACGAUGUGGAUGCGGACGAUGACGACGAAGAGAACGAAGAGGAGGAUGACGUGGUUGGGGAGGUUGAGGGGCAGAACGAUUCAGAGCUCACGUUUAACAGAAAGGUCGGUGGCGCGCCCAAGGAAGCGUUUCGCAGCCAGCUCAGAUGCAAGGCGGCGAGAAAUCAUCGCAAAUCGAGCCACCAUCGUCCGCGGCCAUCGACCUCAUCGAGCUCGUCGUCGGCGGCCUACCGUAAUAAGUCUCAAUCUCAUCAGCACCACCACCACCAUCACCACCAUCAUCAUCAUUCCUACGCCGAAUCGGCCGAGGGUACCACCUCGGUCGUCAGCACUAUUACCACCAGCAACAACAGCACAUCGAACGGAAGCACCCGCCACCACAGUCGAAUGCAGCAGCAGCAGCACCAGCAGCGCAAUUCAUCCUCCAGCUGUGAUACAUCACCGACGCAGAGCGAAUGCAGUGAUGCGCAGGAGGUGGCGCUCGCCAUCCGAGCGGCUGGACGAAAUAAAUUCAAAUCAACGGAAAACCUGCUGCACCGUCUGUUCGUGUGCAUUGCCGGCGUGGCCGAUCAGCUGCAGACGAACUUUGCCGCCGAUCUGAGGAAGAUGCUGCGAAGCGUGUUCAUCAUGAACUCGUCCCCGCCCGAGCCGGACGAACCGCCGGAGCCGAGCGGCGGCGAGGAGGAGUCGAAGGACAGCCAGCACAACCACCCGUCCGAUCUGUUCGAGUUCCGGGCCAGCGAGCAGGACGUCAUCACGGCCGACCAGCAGAACCACAGCGGCGGCUCCAGCCAAAGCAUCUACUCGGCCGAGGAGGCGAACCCCGAGCAGGAUUCGGUGUUCGGUUCGUCGGGCGAUUCGUCCCCGGUGCGCCGCACGGCCAGCGUCGAGAGCCGGAACGUGACGGUGAACGUGUCCGUGUCGGUGGUGGCCUCCUCGCCCGUCGGUGCGGGCGGAGCAGGUGGAGGGGGUAUGGUCGGGGGCAGCCGGACGGCGCAGGAGCGGAGCGUGAGUCUGAGCGAGGCGUGCAUCGUGGUCGAGGGCGGGAAAGCGUCGGCCGGCGGCGGUGGUGGUACCCGAAGGCACAGUGCCAGCGGGUCCAAAAAUGACUACGGCCGCAGCCGCAGCAGCCCGAGCAGUCCCGUCAAUAGCAAUACUGGUGGUGGUGGUGGUAAUCAUCACAGCUCCGCCCAUCACACGGCGCACGAGCAGCAGCGACGGAUGCCGGAGGAGCCGCCGAGAUGGAUUCCGGACUGCGAUGCGCCGCGGUGCAUGGCCUGCGCGUCGGCUUUUACACCGUUCCGCAGAAGGCACCAUUGCCGCAACUGUGGCGGCGUGUUUUGCGGCGUGUGCUCGAACCUGUCCAAACCGCUGCCAAAAUAUGGUUUGACCAAGGCGGUUCGCGUGUGCCGGGAUUGCUACAUCCACGAGGUGGGAGUGUAAUAGCGUUCGGUGGAGUGACGAACGGCAGUGGCGGGUUUGGAUGAGAAUGCCGCCCAGCUAUAGCAGAAACUCCUUUCCGCCGAGUGCUGUGCGCUUUAUUAGGCGCUGGCCCCGGGGGCCCUUUAGGAGUGUCGGGUUGGCUGAGACAUUCUUUCAGGCUGCUGCUUCUGCUGAUUUGGUUUUUGUUGUUUUCCCACAUGAUUUUUGGGGGGGGUUUUGUUUGUUUCACCAGCUUGACACUGCGUACUUUUGACGAGCGGAAGCUAUACGUUUAUGUUUCAGAUAUUUUGAUGCAGUUAUUUUGAUUUUGUUUACUCAAACCAUUUGUGAUAUACUUUCAUCAUUUGACCAUGUACAGUACACGCACCUUGUGAGCGAUUUGUGCUUUGUUUAUUUUACAUCUCUUCCCUUUUGUUCUGUUUGUUUGUGUGGAUGGCGUUGAUCGGAACCCUUGCGUUCUUCACCAAGCACAAUGAAACGUGCGCGAUUUACAUCUUACGAAUAAUUCUACAUUUGUUUAUCAUUUGAUUCGACGCAAAAAAAUAUAUGUUCUUGUAAAUGUUGAUACGGAAAAAUAGCAACAACAAAAAAAUCACACAAUUUGACCAAUUCAUAACACCAAGAAAGAGAGAGAGAGAACGUCCCCGACAGCGCAACAGGGGAGAGCGCCGUUCGAAAUAGUUUAAAGGCAAGCCAAUCAAAAGAAAACAAGAAAUAACCCUCUUUGCUCAUUGAGUGUGCAGGGUUGUUGCGGCUAUCGUUACACGUGACGCGUAUUCCAUUUAAAAUCCCCAAAAAAACCAAAACAAAAAACCCCAACGAAUACACUAUUAACAUUUGCUCUAUCAAUAUUCAGCUCCAAAACACAUUCCCUCCCAGCUGGCAAGUUUGCGAACCACCACUCCCUACUCAAGCAAAGGCUGAGAUAUUGCUGCAACCGGCCGGUUUUGUUGGCACGGUUUUCCGGCAAGCCAACACGAAGAAAAACGUGAAAAACGGAAGACUUUGUUUGUUAUACCUUAUUACGUAUGAUUUUGUAUGCACGAUUGAAUCAAUGCCAGUUUUCGCAUUUUCGGUUGUGGCGUGGAUUUGAUGCUAAGAGAGAACGAAAGAGAGAACGAAAGAGAGAACGAGAGAGAAGAGAGAGAGAGUGAGAGAGAUAAGAGAGAGAUAAGAGAGAGAAAGAGAGAAAUAACUUUAGUCAUAUUUAGUCUAAUUUGCGUUCUAGUAUCACCAACCCACAUCGUACGUGUUAACUCCGCCGCCUGGUCUCGUCACUCCGCGUGCAAGUGAUGAUAAUUAGGUACAUAUGUGUGUUCGUGUGAGUGUGUCCGUGUGUAUGUUUUUUUUUAAUCUUGUUUUAUCGUUAUAUUUGAAUAGCUAAAUUUUCGAUUUUCGAUUUUUCUUUCCUCCUUUCCCCCCUCCUCUUCCUCCUCCCGCUAGUGUUCCCAAGAUAUACAAAAAGCUCUAGUAAUGAUAUUCACGCUAGCAAAACGUAAGCAAACCCCAAAAAAGUGUGGAAAAUUCCCGCCAAAAAAAGAACAACAAGAAGAAGAAGAAAAAUCAGUCCGAAGUGUUGCGUACGCGCGCUAGCAAACGAGAAGCAUACCCUUUUACCGCAACCUACUGAACAGUACGAACAGGCAACAGUUCUUUCUAUUGCUUUAAAAGUUUCCAGAAAGAAGCAAAACAAAUUAUAAAGUAUGAGAUGUUGUACACACACGAUAAAGCGAAAAAAAGGCAAUGUGAAGGUGAACGAGGAGAGGGAGGUGCAUGCAGAGGGAGGAGAGUCGUUGUUGCGUGGUAGGACCGAACUGUGUAAAUUGGAAAGAACGCAUCCCCUUCGUUUGAGUGAUAUCUUUAUAUAUUUUUAAAAUUGAUACCAUAAAAGCAAACAAUUGCAAAAAUAAAUUAAAUGAGAAAAAAAAACAUGAAACGGGAAUGUUCUUACGGGUUGGCGCAACCACAGAAGAAGAAGCAGAAGAAAACACGCGCAAGCAACACACACUAGUGCGUCCGGGGAGAGAGAGAGAGAGAGAGAGAACACUGUGGAUGGGUGCGUGUGUUGCUGCAUCGUGAAUGAAAAGAAACAUAAGCAAAACCCGGAAAGGUUCGCAACUCAAUACGUAAAACAAUGAAGGAAACAUAAACGGCAAAGUUUAUAAGGCAAAAACAAAGGUAUUAAAAAUUG